CGCCGGCCAGCCGGGCCGACCGGCCGGUCGGCGCGACACUAGCUUGUACCGGUAUGUUCCGUACUAAAUUUAGUGGAUGUUCAUCAUCGACGAUUUUUCCUAGAUUGCUAGAACACAAAACCGAUAUCAGCUAGCUGCAUUGUCGUUUUUAUUGUUUGUUUAAUCAUCUAGGUCAAGGUAUGCAUGAUGAUGCAGUCUACAGUAGAUUUACCCAGGCUCAAUACGGAAAGCAUCCAAGCUCCAGAAAAUAUGGAAUUGAUAUCAGCUCCGCAAAUAGACACUACAGACGAACUUUUGAAUGCACAGCGACGAAUGUUUGAGAACAUUGCGCUCAGCAAUGCCCGCAUCAAAAACCUGCAACGAGACGAUGUAGACCUGUCAAUGAGUGAAAGGGUAAAAAUUCUCUCUGAACAGUUUCAUCACUCUCCUGCAGUAUUCAUUGAAAAGUUCCACCCUUACCUGUGUGAAGACGACCUUGUGUGUUUCGAACCUUCCUCCGAUGUGUACGAGGUGUCGUUUUAUCUCAAGAGGACUAAGAGGAGACUUAGUACUGGAAAUAACUCUGUGGUAGUGAAAAACCGACGUUACGAGGCUCUGAAGAAGCUGGAGAAGGAGGGGACUUAUUUCAGCGAUGAUGAGAUGAGAGCGAGGGAGCCUCUGAUGUAUGAACAGCUCAUUGGACAGUACUUGACAGACGAGGAGCGUGCAGAAACCAGAACAAAGGUUGACAAGACAGACUUAAAGUUUUCAACAAUCCUCAUGUCAUUCAUGCAGGACCAGGAAACAAAAGAAUUGUAUAAGAGACAACAAGAUAAAGAAGAAGAGGCAGAAGAAGAAGAAGAUGAUGAUGAUGAUGAUGACGAGAUUGAUGGGGAUAAAAAAGGUCAGUCCACCACCCUGGCUCAACCCUCACGAAAUUCAGUCCGGAAAGAAGAUGAUGAAGAAGAAGAAGAAGAGGAUGACGAAAUGAUGGAUGAUGAGGAUCAAGAUGGUGCAGUCUUGAGCCCUCGUCAGCCAACUCCUGCCACAGAAGCAGAGAAGCAUCUCUUGAGGGAAGAGUUCCAGAACUUAAUGAGAGAGAGGUUCCUCAGUGGAGGCGAUCAGGACUUUGAUUACGCAGCAGUUGAUAACAAUGAGGAGUACGAUUCCCUUGCGAUCCGUGCGUGGGACGAGGAAGAGAAAUACUUUGAUGAUGACGAUGCAACCGAUGCUGAUGAAGGACACAGAAUAGAAGAACAAGGAAAUUCAGGUAGAAGUGAUAGGUUCGCAUCAAGGACAGACAAUGAAGAAUUGGAUGAUUACGAAAAGUGGACACCAGAGGAAUCAUCAAUGGAAUAGUAACUUGCUGCUACAGAUGUUGAAAUUACAUUUGGGACCAAAAGUAAGCAGCGAUAUGUCAAAUGAAUUUCAACUGCAAUCUUGGUUGAGUUGGUUCAUGCAUAUUUGAGAACGAUGAUCUUUUAGCUUUUGGAGGUUAAAACUUGCACAUUUUACUCCUAGGUAUGUGGGGGCGGGGGGUUCUUGAUUGAACUUAUGAAACAGGAAAUGGCUUCCAGUCUGGUCAGUACUGUCAG